GCCACGGUUCUUUCAAGAUAGCUGAUCCAUGAAAGACUGCAGGUCUGCAGCUAUAUGUGUGGCGAAGACAACAAAAUAGUACAAAUUGGCCUGCUGCCCCGCUGGUGCGCCUCCUGCUGCUGCUUGCUACAAGGUCCGACAUCGCCAUGUGAUAGCCGAGCAGGACGCGUGCCAAGAACUGGCCUUGAUUCCUUUCACCGAGCCCCGCCCUGCUUUCUGAUCAAGUGAUCGUGAACUGUUCUGCACAGUAAAAUUGUUGAAUUUACCCUUCUGGGUGAGGCUUAGCAUACGGUGUUCUCUGACCUUGAUGGAUGUUAGACGACUAGACGUGGUGAGAUUAGUUUUAACUGAGGACAGGUGUCGACAGGCUGAUCCUGCAGGCUGCAGGCGCAACUGUUCUUUAUUUGCAAAAACUUGAGCACCGCGACAGGUUCAUCACAUUUUGGUGGCUGGCCACUGACUGUUGCAAAACUAAAAGACAGAUCGGUCUCAGCGGAUCACUGGCCGUUCCACGCUGAAAUGAAAAGACUAAGCUUAUUAAUUGGGAGGGCCACAGCAGAAAAUGGGCUCUGUCGGAGGUCUCCAGAUCGGCAUAAAAUCGCCUCGGUCACUCCUGCCUGCUACUCCGCUUCACCGUUAUCGUAGACCGACCAGGUAAAUGAGCUCUGCAGAAACACAGUAGAAUCUUGCUCUGUAACUUUGGGGAUUUUACAGUGAUCGCUUGCUUGCUGGUUGCUGCUUUGUUAGGUGCAAUUACCAUCUCCUCUUUUAACCUCAGCUAGUUGAUAGUAGGUGAACACUCCGUUCAACUCACUGAGACUGGUUUUUUGGGGAGACAAAUAGUCGAGAUCCGUUUUUGGAGUUCGUUUCGUUUCAGAGGUGGCAUUUUCCGCGUCACCAGUAUUAUUUCUAUAGGACAGCCUCUGAGCACUGCUGAUGCAGCCUCGCAGUGCUUUGCCUCUCCCCAUCUUCCUCGUGAGAAUUUUAAAGGGAAGCGCCCAGCAGCAGCCACUUCUAGCUGCCCAUGCUCCUAGCUGCUGCCUGCUAGUAAUCACUUGCUCUACCCUGCAAGAGAGACCUUGAGGCAGAGCUAGGUUGGUGGCAGGAAAGCAAGCUGCGCGCGAGCGAGCGCGUGCAAUGCAGGUGGACUUGGAGAGCCUGGUGUGCGGCGUGUCGGGCGCCGGCGCCGGGGACAGGAAGGUGUCGUGCGAGACGGUCAUCGCGGGGGGCAGCGGGGACGCCUCGCCGCCGCGGAUGCCUCCUCCGCCGCCGCCGGACCCGGACUUCCCGCCCGACUCGAUAACCAUCCCCAUCGGCGACGAGGCGGCGUUCGCGGACCUGAACCCGAUAUACGAACGGGACGACUCCACCAAGGGCAGCACCAACCCCAAGUUCGCGGCCGCCGUCGUGGCCAACCCCAUCGCGGCCAAGACGCGGUCCAACUCCACGCGCGUCGCCGGCGCCCCACCCCCCGCGGCUGGCACCACGUUCUUCGGCCUCCCCGCCAAGAUCCGCCCGCCCUUCUCCCGCCGCCGGCCGUCGCAGGGCCGGAUCUUGGCCGACAAGCGCUCCGGUGGCGGCGGCGGCAGCAGCAGCACAAGCAGCCGUGGCGACGGCGAGGUGGAGCCGCGGUCGCCCAAGGUGUCGUGCAUUGGCAAGGUCCUGUCCGACCGGGAGCGCCACGGACGGCGCCGGCGCCGGCGCCGCGGGUGGUGGCACGGCGUGGCGGCCAUGUUCCGGUGCGACGGCUGCGGCCGCGUACCCGGCGGCGCGUCCAGGAAGAUGGCGUUGGAGGACGACGACGGGGACGAGCAGCAGCCGGGCAUUGCUGGAAUGCGGAGGUUCAAGUCCGGGCGAAGAGCUGCCUCGUGGGGAGAAGAUGCCCUCGCGGCGGCGGCGGCGGCGGCCGGCGAUGGCGAGGAGAAGGAGGAGCCCGACAGCCAGGACGCUGAGCAGUGGUCCCGGCGGCCGGUAAAUUAGGUUGUGGCGACUGGCGAGGGCGGGAAACGAUUGGACCCGGGAGACUGCUGCCGCUGGCCUGCUGUAAGUGACCGCCCUGUGGGUGCCGGUAGGCGAGCCCGAGGCGUCGCCUCGAGCUGGCCGUAUCGUCCGUCAGCGGGGGGAUGGGCUCCGGUUGGCCGAUGGCGAUCGGAGGCUGGCCUAGAACUGCGAGUUUUUGGAUUUCGGUGGAUUGUUUCUGCUUGGAAUUUCGCACCCUGUUUUGGAA